ACACUUCUCAGGUUUCGUGUUGUUCACAAACUUGUCGGAAUCUCAACACCAAAAAAAAAAUAAAAACUUUCUUUAUUGAAACAAAAACAAAUAUUCAAGGAAAGAUGGCGCUCAUGAAUGGAAGCAUGAACCUAUCAUCAAUCAAGACGUCAAUAUACACCAACCGUCAGUCAAGCUUCUCCUCCGCCGUACCAAGAACCACAUCCCUCCGUAUCUCCGCCGUGCAAACCGACCCAAAACCACCAGCUUCCUCGGCGGUAACGACGUCACCGUCGAAGUCCGUUGGAGUUAACGUGAGUAAAUCUAAAUGGGCACCCGAGAGCUGGAAGAAGAAGAAGGCUUUGCAGCAGCCGGAGUAUCCUGACUUAGCUGAGCUAGAAGCCGUGCUCGACACGAUCGAAUCUUUCCCUCCGAUCGUUUUCGCCGGAGAAGCUAGACUUCUUGAAGAGCGUUUAGGCCAAGCAGCAAUGGGUGAAGCGUUUUUGCUACAAGGAGGAGAUUGUGCAGAGAGUUUCAAAGAGUUCAACGCUAACAACAUUCGUGAUACGUUUAGGAUUCUUCUCCAGAUGGGUGCUGUUUUGAUGUUCGGUGGCCAAGUCCCCGUCGUCAAGGUUGGAAGAAUGGCGGGUCAGUUUGCGAAGCCGAGGUCUGACUCGUUUGAGGAGAGGAACGGUGUGAAGUUACCGAGUUAUAGAGGAGAUAACAUCAACGGAGAUGCGUUUGAUUCCAAGUCUAGGAUUCCUGAUCCACAGAGGAUGAUCAGAGCUUAUUGUCAAUCUGCAGCUACUUUGAAUCUCUUGAGAGCUUUUGCUACUGGUGGUUAUGCUGCUAUGCAGAGAGUUACUCAGUGGAAUCUUGAUUUCACAGAACGUAGUGAGCAAGGAGACAGGUACCGUGAACUAGCUCACCGUGUUGAUGAAGCGCUUGGUUUCAUGCACGCGGCUGGACUCACCCUUGAUCAUCCCAUCAUGCAAACAACCGAGUUCUGGACUUCUCAUGAGUGUUUGCUCUUGCCUUAUGAACAAUCACUAACAAGGCUGGACUCAACUUCUGGUCUCUACUAUGAUUGUUCUGCUCAUAUGAUUUGGGUCGGUGAGCGAACCAGACAGCUUGAUGGAGCUCACGUCGAGUUCUUAAGAGGUGUUGCUAAUCCUCUUGGAAUUAAGGUGAGUGAUAAGAUGGACCCAACGGAGCUUGUGAAGCUGAUUGAGAUCUUGAAUGCUGAUAAUAAGCCUGGAAGGAUCACGAUUAUCACAAGAAUGGGAGCAGAGAAUAUGAGAGUGAAACUUCCUAAUUUGAUCAGAGCUGUGAGACGAGCUGGACAGAUUGUGACUUGGGUUAGUGAUCCUAUGCACGGAAACACCAUCAAGGCUCCUUGUGGUCUCAAGACUCGUCCAUUUGACUCCAUCUUGGCAGAAGUGAAAGCAUUCUUCGACGUGCAUGAGCAAGAAGGGAGCCACCCGGGAGGUGUUCACUUAGAGAUGACUGGUCAGAACGUGACCGAGUGCAUCGGCGGUUCACGCACAGUCACGUUCGAUGACUUGAGCUCGCGAUACCACACGCAUUGUGACCCGCGCCUUAACGCUUCACAGUCUCUUGAGCUCUCCUUCAUCAUCGCUGAACGCCUUAGAAAGAGACGCAUCAAGUCCCAACAGGCUUUUUCCGUGUAAUAUAAACAAACAUGUGCUGUAAUAUCUAUAUAUACAUAUAAUAAGUGUGUGAAUUCAGUACUGUCCCGUUUAUCUUUGGUUCAAGUCUUGGGUCAAUUGAACGCGUAAGGUUUUGUUUUAAUAUUGUUGUUGAUGAGUAUUAUUUCCAUUUUAGAAUAAAACCAUGUACUUUUCGUUUUUA